AUGUUUUCUGCUAAAGAAACACCAGUUAAAACCCCUUACAAAGAACAAGAUUUUAUAUCUUUAAAUAUAUCAGAUAAUAAAAUACCACUUAAACUAAAAAAUAAAGGAGAAUGUCUUUUAUGUCAUAUUGUUUGGCUUAAAGGUUCACCUCAAGAAAUUGAAAUAUAUUUAGCUUUUAAGUGUCAGAAAGUUGAACCUUCAAUUAGAGAUAUUUUUUUACAAUAA